AGAUAUAUAUGGCAGUCAGACUCAAAUUGAGGUUAAAGAUAUUUUCGAACAAUGCAACGAUCAGAACAAAUGCACCUUAGUUCUUGGUAGCCCUGGUAUUGGACACUCAACCUUUUGUCGAUAUGCUGCUCAUCAAUGGGCUACAGGAAUCUUAUGGCCAGAAUAUGAACUAGUGGUCUUGGUUUCGUUGCGCCGUUUGACGACACGUUAUUAUCCUCCAUUACCAUGUGGCAGCAAUUAUUCUCUAAUUGACGUUAUAAAACGAGAAUAUUUUGCUGAUUCUCCUCUAUCAGAAAACGAUCAAAGACUUCAGAAAGAGCAGCUCGAUAAUAUACAUACGUUAUGGCUCUUAGCUGGUUACGACGAAAUCGUGCUAGAUGUACCAGCU